UCUCCCUACUUGGUGUUACACGGACAAGUGGAUUUUCGGUGUCUAGUGUAGAAUAUUGAAACAAUAUUUAUUACAUAAAUAUUGACAUCAUUUUCAUAGUUCUUCAAAAAAAUAGAUCUAAGAUCAAAAUGUGGCACAUUUUGGCGUUUGUAUUCAUUAGUCUACCUCUUGUUUUAGGUGCAAAUAUCCCGAUGGCACCUCAAAUAACAAAUUUAGUGUGCAAUCCACGGGAAGCAGUUAUUUCAUGGAAGCCACACAAUGGGGCACUUGUUAAAUCAUACACAAUUGAAUACAGUACAUCAUACGAACCAAACCAUUGGAGCGUUGCUGAUCAAAAACAAUCACCUGAAAACAGCGCUACUUUAAAAUUGUCUCCAGGUGUUGGCUUCACAUUUCGCAUCUUGUCCGUCGGCGAGCAUGGUAUAUCACAACCAAGCAAACCGAGUGAAGUUUGCACUAGCCAAGCAGAUAUUCCAUAUAGAAACCCAGACGAUGCGAAAAUAAUAAGUCUGCAACCAUUAGAAAUGACAAUUAAAUGGACGCCAAUACCACAAAUAGAGCACAAUGGUCCCGGUUUUUACUAUAUUGUGAGUUGGAAACCAAGGGAUGGUUCAUCUUCAGGUUGGAGCGUACAUAUCAAGGAUUGGACUCAAGACACAUAUGUUAUCAAAUGUGACAAGUUCAAAAUAUUCGAAUUUCAAGUAAGAUCGGCCAAUCAAGUCGGUCCAUCAAAAGCUCCAACCGAGCUACGUGCCGCAUAUCCGGGUGAAGAUCGACCCAGCCAAGCACCGAGAAAAUUUAAAAUCGUAUCAAAUACAGACAACGUUUAUGGUGAAAAUGCCACAGUCACUUUUGAAUGGGAACGAAUAGAUUUGUCAAACGAUGCUCUCAAUGGUAAUGCGGAGAGUUACAUAAUUCAAUACUGGAGUGAUGCUGAUGUAGACGAUAAAAUGGACCACUCAGUCGGCCGUAAAAGUAAAACAACCAUUUCGGGAUUGAAAUACAAUUCAUUUUAUUCGGCUCACAUUCAAGUAGUGAACAAUAAACAUCGUGGUCCUACUAGUAAAAUUAUCAAAUUCCAUACGUUGGAAGGAGUUUCCAAAAAGGUGAACAGCUUUAAAGCUAUUUCGAUGGGAUCAUCGGCAUUUUUACUGAAUUGGACCAAACCAGAGCAACCAAAUGGCCAAUUACUUGGAUACAAUAUUUACUAUGAAAUUGAAGGAGCCAAAGGUUAUGCACGCAAACCACAAAUCACCAAUCCCAGUGUUACUCAAGCAAUUUUGGGCGGUUUAAAGCCAAAUGCAACCUAUCGAUUACACAUUGCGGCUGUGACGAGAAGGGGCGAAGGAGAAGAUUCUCACAUUGUAUUGGACACAUUAUCUCCAGCUCAACCAGACGUACCAUCGUUUACAUGGGAGCCAUUGGAAUCGACUACUAACGAAACAAGUGUCAGAGUGAAUUGGAUACCAAAAUUGAAUGGUAACCCUGGAAGCAGUUUUCGUGUAUUAUACCGCAUGGAUGAGAAAAGCAAUUGGACUGAAACCGAAGAAGUGAUUAAUCACAAUUCUAUCAUUGUGACUGGCUUACUUCAAAAUCAAGCCUAUGAGAUGGCUGUGGUUUCAAUUGACGGCCAAUUCUUAGCCCAAAGUGAAGUCCAGAUACUCAAAACCAACGAGGAUGAAUCAUCAAAUACGAGUAUGAUUAUCUCAAUAUCAGUAGUUUUGAUUGUGUCUGCCCUAUUCAGUAUAUGCGUGUUCACUGCAUGUAAAAAGAGAUAUCAGAAUACUAACAAUCCAUGAAGCGUUAUGCACAGACGUGUGCAAGGGGGGGUAUUCCGGUUUUACCCCCCCCCCCUCUAGGAUUCCAAAAUGUGGACCCCCCCAGCGAUUUGGAAAAUUUGACACUAGAUAUAAUCGAUUUUCAAAAGUGAGGACCUUUUUUUUUUUUAGGUCUUCACUUAUUUUUUGACACCCAUUGACAAAAUUUUAGACUCCCAUUGUGGAAUUUUGACUGUUUUACACUAGAUAGAAUCGAUUUUAAAAAGUGAGGACCUUUUUUUUUUUUUUUAGUCCUCACUUUUUUCGGAGACUGGUUUUACACUAGAUAGAAUCGAUUUCCAGACCCCCCCCUGGCAAAAUCAUUUUACCCCCCCUAGAAUUUUUGACCUUGCACACGUCUGGUUAUGCAUCAUGCGUAUCAUCGUAGACCAUCGAUUUAUCAUUCGAACUUAGAAUUUUGAAGGAAAACUUGGAUUUUUUUAUUGAUUCAUUCAAACGAUUUAUCGAUAACA